CUGUCUCGUGGUAAAUCCGACACUCGUGGACCGUUGGUCUCCUUGACAGCCGUUCGUAUUGUUUCGGGUCUUGUUAGAGUACGAGUGGAGCAUUUGAUUGCCAUUGUAUUUGCUUGAGUCAUUGAUUUGCCUUGGAAAGCAGCAUCCCCAAAUACACAACGCAUUGCAUUGAAUUGCAUUGCAUUCGUCGUUGUCGUCAUGAAGCGUGCGUUGGCGGAACGUGCCAAACAAUCAUUGCCGGCCGGAGACUCCUCGACUCGGUCGGGCAACAGUCGGACUCCGUCACCAACUCAACCUCCCGGCAAACUCGCCCGCUACGAAGGCAACCAUGCGCAUCACCACCACCGCAACAACAACAACAACAACAACAACAGUAACCACAACCUCCACCACAGUAACCAUCACGACGUCCCACACGAAUCCGACCCCACCACCAUUGGUGUGCAGAAUUCCGCACUCGCUACACCCCAUCCGAACCCCGUCGUUCCGGAAUUUUCCAGCCGUACACAGACACCACCAUUUUCCACAACCACAAUAGCACUCCCCACGCCACCGAUGGAUUUAUCGUCGGGUACGUUGCACCGUACACGUUCCCCGUCCCCCCGUCCGUCCACUACGGGAUCGUCGUCCACGCACGGGAUCGCAACCCUCAAACGUCAACGACUACCGGCAUCCCGUCACGCCGACCAGGACGACGGUGACGACGAUCACACCGGAUCCGCCUUUUACUUGCGGCAACAAAAUAAAGCCUUGGCAACGGAACUUCGCACCUUGCAAGCGCUCACGCGCACGUUGACCGUGGAACGCGACCACCGACGCCGGAUCUGUCACCAAGCCGUACAAGCACUCGACAGUUUACAGGCAACCUGGACGCAAUUGGAAACAUCGUUACGGAUCAAUGUCACAGGUACAACCGUGUCUACACACCCCAACGGCUGGCAGACUGCGUUGUCCACGCCGUCGCUGACUGCGAGUGGUGACGCUCCCCCCAGUACCUUGCCGUUGCCCCAGCAUCCCGGAGCGGAAGAAGAACGCUCUCCCAUUCUAUCCGUGGAGUGGACUAAGGCCUUGACACAAGCCUUGACUUCGCUCGGGACGACGCCGUCCGCAGUCGACACUUUUCAAGCAUCCGGGGACGAUUGGUCGACCGUGGCCACCAACGUGGCCGCGCGGGCCGCUGUAUUACAAGAAGCAAUCCUCCAGAAACAACAGUCACGGGACGAUUCCGGUACGCCGAUCUUGUCGCUCGCCACCGCCCCGCCCGAAUUUGUUCACGAAUUGGAACGCUACCGCGCACAAACCCAAACGCUGCAAGCUCAAAUUGCCGAACUCGCCGACGCUAGGGAGCGCGUAACCAUCCGCGAACGACAAACCCGACGCGACAUCUACCGACUGGCGUCGGGAUUGUUGACGUCCGCCCAAUUGGUGGCCCGCUUUGACUCUACGGACCAAGCCGUGGACGACGAUUUGGAUUUGGCGGCCCUCCAAGCGUCCGUGCGCGCCGAAACACGACCCGCGAGUCCACCGCCGCCGACUCCGACGGACGCUCCAUCCACUGGUAUUUCCGACGCGCAAAUGGCAGCUCUGCAAGCGCAACUACAAGACGCCCGGCAGCAAGUGGCCGCCCGCGAAACGUCGCUGCAAGAGUUGACGACGAAAUGGCAAGAUGCGGAAUUGCGCGUUAACGCAUUAUCGACCAAACAGCUCACCGAGACGGAUACGCGGCAAUUAGAAUCCCUGGCGUCGACUCUGGAAAAGUACCGGGUAGUUGAGUCCGAAUCUCGGUCGUUGGAGGCCCAGAUUGUGCGUUUGCGAUCGGAAUGGGCGCAAGCACGAGGCAACGACGAAGCCGCGCGGCAAAGCAUGGAGGAUCUCCAAAGCAAACACCGUAAACGGUGGGCGGAACUCGCAAGCUUGCUCGCGACGGGCGCGCCAACCAACGAGGACGUCAAAUCCCCUGAAGUGGCCGAUCCCAUUGCUGAAGCCGAUUUUGAGACUCUACGAGAUAUUUUGACCGGGUCCCGCACAAUAGUGGAAUUGCGACAUAAACUCAACCAAGCACUGGGACACGUGCGGCAGGUGGAAACGGUUCGUGACAAUCUGAGAGAUGCGUUGGUGAUGAACGAAACAUUGAAACAAAAAGUGGACGAGUACAGGGCGAAAGCCAAUGCCGCUAUUGCUUCCCAAGCAACCAAGUCGCCGCCAUCGUCCCGACACGGCGAAGCCGGGAUUUCUUCCGCCGCCAAGGAAAAGGAAUCGGAAAAGCCUGCGACGGAAAAACCAUCGUCGUCGUCAAAUCACGACAAAUCCGACAAGAUGCAUCGGGAAUUCCGUCGUAUGCGCAAGGAUUUGGCAACCCUUACGACAAGUAAAGAUGCCGCCAAGGCAAAACUGGAACGUUCCGAGCGGGAAAAGGAAACUCUUUUGGAUGCAAAUAGCAGGUUUCUUCAACAGAUUGCGGAAAAAGAUGAAAUGAACGCCAAGUCGCUGUCUACAAUUCUUCAUUUGAAGCAGAUGACGGAGCAACUGUCGUCCGAAAGGGACAUUUUGGAGCAGCAGGUGAAGAGCGCAAGUCAAUUGGCAUUGGCAGCAAGGCUGGCAACAAACGCCAAGGAACGUGUGUCCGAGGAACUCGUCAAAGAGCGCCUGACCUUGGACAAGCGCGUCAACGAAUUAGAAAUACAGCUAGCGUUGCUGAACAAAGACCUGGCGCAGAAGACUGUGGAAUGUUCGGAAGCAACAGGAAGAAUGUCCAUCACCAAAGCAGAGCUCGAGAAGGUGUUGGCCAGGAACAAUGAACUCGUUGAAGAGGCUGAGAAGAGAGAGACUGACAUUCGGGGACUGGUAGAUAGCGCCAACAAAGCCGAGAGAGAGGCUCGAGAAGCAAAAGGGAAACUCGAUAAUUUGACACAACAGUCCGGCGGAGAUCUGAGCGCUGCAUCUUCCUCGUCCACUGUAAAUCAAUUGAAUACCCAAAUUUCUGUCCUGAAAUCUCGAUUGGCGUGUCCAGUUUGUCACUACCGAGACAAGGAAUGCAUCAUCAUGCGCUGUCGACACAUGCAUUGCAAACAGUGCGUUGAGGAACGUAUUUCGAACCGAAGCCGGAAGUGUCCAACUUGCAACAACAAGUUCAGUGACAAGGACGUGGAAGAUAUUUGGUUGAGCUAAACGAGCGUUGUGCUUUGUUUUUUGGAUGUUUGAAAUGGAACGCUACAAAUGAUCACAUCACAGGAAUUCCCGAUUCUGGGUUUAUAUUUUGCCGCUCAGAAAUUUGACCUUAAAACCUCCUCUUCUUUUUCCUGAUGCCGCUCAAGCUCUUCGCUUCCUUGUAUUUGCCUGCCAUGCUUUGUUGUGUCUCCCCUUCUAGUUGAAAAAGCGAUCGCAUACGCCGCGUGGCUUUGCCAAAACUAUGUGCCUUACGAAGUCGCUCCGUUUCGCCUACAACCCAGCCAUACAUCUCAGCCUGUCCACCUUUCCAGCCAGAGUCAUCUCUCCUCAAGACCAAAUGCCUUUCUUCGUCAAUUUGAAAGGCCUCGAUGGUUUCGUACGUUUUUAUUGAAGAAAAGCGACACCAGCCAACUAUUUUGGGAGCGUCUGGUCGGCUGAAAGAAAAUUCGUUGCCGAUUGAUGAGAUUCCUGGCACCCCUGGAGGAGAUUGUAGAAUUGCUAUUCUUUUCCCUAUCAGAGAUGGUGGCAGGACGUAUGAACGCGUUUCCACGAUCUUUCGACCUUCAAGCAACGAUUCGGCCCAGGGGGACUGCAUUUCCAAGGCAAAAUCAAAUUGGGACCAACCGCGCCAUAGUGGUGGCUUUGUAUGGGCGUCGUCGGUAUCACGCUGAAGAGGCGGAGAUGACGUUGGCAACGCUUUCAGGUCUUUUGAUUUGUAUGCAUACAGAGCUCUUCGUAAAUCCUUGGAAGCAGUCCUUAGGUCUGCAGGCAAUCCAGCCAUUGGUGAAAAUGCUCGCUCACCGCUUUGUUGAGCAUCAAUUGCAGCCAGGAACGAAAAAGGACACUGCAUUGGACGACAUUCAACUCCCAUACUGUGAAAAACAUGGUCCUUUUCGCGCUUGAUCCAAAGUUC